AUGUCUUCUCCCUGCUAUACCCAGCACCCUUCUGCAUUUCACCCUAGCAAAGCCACUGCCAUCGAGUUUUGGAACAUCUACCUAAAUAACGUUGAGAUUAUCCUCGGACUGAAGUUGACACACAUCCCUACCGAUGAAGUCAGAGUUUACUCAACUAUAGCUGACCCUGCCAGUGCAAAGUUUGAUGACCUUGCAUUUUGCUAUAGUAUCUACUUUGCAGCGGCUGUGUCACUCGAAGUUUCGACAUCGUCCUUCCUGGAUAAGGCUACUGAGCUUCAGCAUUCGAAAAUGGGUAUCGAACAGGCCUUUGCCCACGGAGACUUCUUCAAUCAGCCAACAUUGACUGGUCUACGAGCUUUAGCUAUCUACCUAUCCGCAAUACGUGUUCAUAAUCGAGGGAAAUCUGUUUGGAUUCUUAAUGGUCUAGUCAUCCGAGUAGCUCAAUCCCUAGGACUCCAUAAAGAUGGGACUAAGCUUGGGUUGCUACCUUUUGAGUCGGAACUCCGUCGAAGACUUUGGUGGCAUAUCAUUACCAGAGACAGCCGGUCCGGUGAAGACUUUGGUUUGGAGGACCCCAAUGAACUGCUAUUGACAUCAGAUGUCAAACUACCCUUGAAUAUCAAUGAUGCGGACAUCUUCCCUGAAAUGGAUGAGUUUCCAGUUGAGCAGACCGAAUGGACCGUCAUGACUUUCUCGUUAAUCAAUGUCGACUUAGCUAAGGCCAUGGAAAGUCUGAAAGCUGGUAAACCCUCGAAUUCAACGCUCAGCAAAGAAGGGAGGGACAAAAUACUUCAAGAUGUGCAUACUAGAGUCAAGACAAGACUCCAGAAGUGCAACCCGAUAACGCCGCACCAACGACUUACGGCUCACUGCGCAAACUAUCUUUUACGAAAGCUCGACUUUGUCACAAACCAACAGUGGCUCUUAUCACAGAAGAGGGAGGUCAAUGACUCCAUACUAAAAGAAGAGACACUUAUCGCCGCGUUGGACAUCCUGGAAGCGAGGACAGCUGGCGGUGAUCCUUUUCUAGCGCAGUUCUCAUGGGCAAAGAAGGUUCAUCCGCAAUACCAUGUGACAUUGUAUGUUCUGUGGUAUUUGUGCACUAAACCUCAAGGUCUGCACGUCGAACGCGCUUGGCGUGCUUUAGAUAGUAUAUUUGAACAGGAGAUGGCUUUUGACUUCAUUGGCUGUACUGGAGCUAAACCAGCUGUUCUGGAGGCGUUGAGGACAAAGGCCGAAACACUGCGGAAGAAUCUGGACGCGCCAACUGCAAGGGCUGGAUAUAGCUUAGAGCCUGCUACGUCGACUGAGCUAGAACACAGUGAGGACCCUUUGAAAUUCAUUGAAGGCUUCAACUUCGAUGAAGAGGUUUUUGAAGAUGGAGUUCCAGGGUCAUCGUGGACCUUCUUACUUCAGGAACUUCAAGCGGAUCAACCUUUAUUUUAA